ACGUAACAGCAAGCUGCUGUCUGAGUGUUUCUAUGUCUAAAAAUGUCGCUGCUUCACUCUUCUGGGCUAAGCCCAGCGCCGCCGCUCCCAUAACGCGCAUCGCUCUGCCGUGAUACGCGCCGACACAUCCUCGCACACAGGUUAUGGAAAUAUCAUGGAGAUUGAAACUACUGGAGCCUCGAUGCAAACGGCUAAGCAGGACGGGCUGAAAAACGCAGGUGUGAGUGCAUCACACCAGAUGGCAAAGACGGAUGCGGACAGAAUGGAAAAUUAUAAGAGUAAAAUCAACAAAGUGGGAGCAAAAUAUGAAAUCGCUCCAGCUCUCAUUGCUGCCAUCAUUUCCAGAGAGUCCAGGGCUGGAAAUGCCUUAAAGGAUGGCUGGGGAGACAAUGGCAAUGGCUGGGGACUGAUGCAGGUUGAUGUCAAUCCAUCCGGAGGCGGACACACUGCACGUGGUAGCUGGGACAGUGAGGAACACCUCUGCCAAGGCACCGAGAUCUUGGUUAAUUUUAUCGGUCGCAUCCGCAACAAAUUUCCCAAUUGGAGCGCGGAGCAGCAGCUGAAAGGAGGGAUAGCGGCCUACAAUAUGGGGGAUGGAAACGUCCGUUCCAUUGAAAAUAUGGAUGUAGGCUCAACAGGGGGAGACUACUCCAAUGAUGUGGCUGCCAGAGCGCAGUGGUACCAAAGCCAAGGAGGCUUUUGAAUCCUGGAGACGUCCCCAGAAAUCUCCUGCAAAUAAUCACUCUGUCAUGUGUUAAAACAUGAGAAAAAUAAGCAUAAUGUGAAAAAUGCAGGAUUUAGGGGCAGAAAUGGAAUAUAUUAAUUGUGGCAGCGGGGGGUGUUUAGGCUCGGCUGCAGAAUGGGUGGAGUGGGGGAGGAAUAUAAUAAUCGUAACUCUCUGUCCUUCAGUGUUCAAUGACCUGAAACUUUAAUUGGCUUUUUCUCAAGUUGUUGACAUUCAUGUAACCUUCUCAGCUUUUGAGUGAGCCACACCUUGUAUUAUCAUGUCUCUGUGGUUUUACUUGUUUGUUUAAUCAUGGAAACAACUGCAUCAAAUAGUCUACCUGUAAACUGCAUGUUGGAAACAUUGCUUUCUCAAGUAUUAAAGAAAUACUGAAAUUAAUAAGA